GCAGAUAGCGCAAUUUGCGAUGUCGACGACGAACUUGACCUCUUCCUCAUCGACCACGACGACCACGAUCAUUCUAACGACUUAAUAACACUAAUGGCGACCCAGAACUUGUACGAUGUGCAGUCUCCAGAGCAUUUCCAGCAGCUGCUGUCGGCGGACCUGAACCGGGUGUCUGUUCUCAACUUUUGGGCACCGUUUGCUGAUCCGUGCAAGCAGAUGAACGAGAUAUUCAAAGAACUGGCGGGAAAGUACCCUGCAGCGCUGUUCUUGCAGAUCCAAGCAGAGGACCAGGCAGAUAUCACCGACUCUUUCGAGAUUGAGGCAGUUCCGACCUUUUUGCUACUCCGAGGACACACCCUUUUGAAACGGAUAUCGGGCGCCGACGCUCCAACUCUCACACAAUCGGUGCAGAAACACGCAACAAGUCCAGCUUACAGCCCACUCUCCAAGACCGACCAGCAGCCAGCGAAGGCGACGGAUUCGUCUGCGCCAGCGCAACCAGAGGAGACGCAGGAGCAGCUGGAGGAGCGGUGCAAGAAGCUGAUGAACCAGAGCAAGGUCGUUUUGUUCAUGAAGGGUGAUCCUCAAACGCCCCGAUGUGGGUUUUCUCGGAAGAUCGUCGCGUUGUUGCAGGAACAAAACGUCCAGUUUACUACGUUCGAUAUCUUGACGGAUGAAGCGGUUCGGCAGGGUUUGAAGACUAUCAACAAUUGGCCGACAUACCCCCAACUCAUCAUCAAUGGCGAGUUGGUGGGCGGAUUGGAUAUUGUGAAGGAGAUGGUUGAGACGGGAGAGUUGGCUGAAGUUCUCGCUGCAUAGUUGCGAUUCCUCGUUCCUUUGUGUAUAUAAUUGUUACUUUCCGAGAUCGAGUCCUUGUAGCCCUUCGAUGAUCUAAUACAAUAAUCCACCGACUCUU